AUGUCACAGACACAAGAUGUGGAACCAGAGUGGCGCUCUGACAGUGUCAUGCCUGCGGAACUCCAAGAACUCGUGAGAAAGACAGGCAAACCCGUUCUCAAGAACUCGUGCUCCGGUUGGCUCCUAGAGAGACACGGUGCGUGGUCCCGAAAUCCCGACUUCGUUUUAUCCGAGACCGGCGAGCAACUCAAAGGCACUUUCUAUACGUGCGCCGCGAAAGGUCAUGGACGCCGUGCGCAUCUGUGGGGAGUCUUUGUGGUCCAAGGUCCCUCGAUCCCUCGAGCAACGAUCAUUGGCGUUCCACGCGAAAGUGAUGGAUUUCGGCAGAGGGGUGGCUCCCCACCGAUCUGGACGACCUGGCAUGGUGUAAAGUCGGGUUACGACAUGAGUUCCGCGCGCUACAUAGUCCGCAGACCAUCCGGGGCGACACCUCCGAAGAAAAAGAGGCCGAGAGUCGCACCUCCAGGACCCAUCGUCGCCGACUCAGACAACGGUGGAAGCUUGAUGAUCUCCGCUGCAAGACUGAGCGAUAAUAACAACAAUAAUGUCGGAGAUUCGGACACCAACAACGUAAACACCGACGAUGCGAAGACCGACAUUGCGAAAACUGACGUUGCAAACGUCCACGAUGCGGACGUCCACGAUGACAACACCGUCAACGCCAGUUCUGGCAAGGUCAACAUCAACGACGCCCACGAUAGCGAGGGCAACACCGUUGAUAGCAACACAAUCGACACCAGCGACGGCGACAAGACCGCCGAAGCUGUCAACACCGAUGACGCCAGUAGCAGGGGCAAGACUGCACAAGACGCCGUUCCGGUUCUAACAGAGCUUCGCGCGACAGCUGUGCGCUUUCUCAGCAGCAGCUUUGAGCUACUCAGAGAACGACCAUGGGACGCAUGCAAUAGUAGUAAGCUUCUGUUCGCGCAUGCCCUGGCUGCGAAAAUUGUGAAGCCGCGGGACAAUGCUGCGGCGCUAUGGGUUCGUAUGGCUGGCUUCGAGGACGAGUUCUUGGUGAAGGACGACGAGGAGGAUUUUGAAAAACUGCGGAGUCGUGUGGAGGGCACAGCUGUGAAGCCUGAGUCUGGUGAAGAGUCGUGUCUCGAUGUCGAUGUUUUUGCUACCGAGUGA